AUGCCUUUUCUCAGCUAUGAAGACUUGUUAACCGGAAAAUGUACAAAUUAUAGAGUAAUUGGACUCUGCUCCCGUUUCGGGGAACUUGUAGCUAUUUAUUGGUUAAUGGAUGGAGAUGAUGAUAAAAUGGUUAUAAUUGAUCUGAAAAUUGAGGGAACACAACGAGUCCUCUCACAACGAAUAUUUAGGCUAAAUCAUUUUCAAUGUACUGCUGAAUGGAUGGGACCGAACCAUCGACAAUAUUCAACUGAAGUUUCUUCCUUUUCCAAUGUUUUGGUAGGGGAGGAAGUUGUUGUGUUGAUUGGAAGUUGCUUUGAGGAAGAAGAUCAUGAUAAUUCGAGUAAAAUAAGUUUUGAUUUUCCGGAAAAUAUUACUAAAGUUUAUUCCGGAAAAUAA